AUGAACAAAUUCCAUAUUGAAGGAUCAUCAUCAUUUGGGAAUGGAUCACCUAACUUCAGAAGAAAACCGGUCAUUAUCAUAGUUGUAGGAAUGACAGGUACUGGGAAAACAACAUUUCUUCAUAGGUUGGUUUACCACACACAAAUGUCAAAUAUUUGGGGUUAUGUGGUCAAUCUCGACCCAGCUAUCAUGACCCUGCCGUUUGCUGCAAACAUUGAUAUUAGAGAUACUGUUAAGUACAAAGAAGUCAUGAAGCAGUUCAACCUUGGCCCUAAUGGUGGAAUUUUGACUUCCCUUAACUUGUUUGCUACCAAGUUUGACGAGGUAAUAAUUGCUUAUUGGUUCAUGAAACAUUUUGGUUUCAAUCUUACUUAUUACCCUAUUUACUCCUUUUUGAAUUAA